AGCGCAGAGGUGGGCGGGUCCGGCGAGCGGUCAGGUUAGGUUGAGUUUGUGUUCUGUAUGUGUGUGUGCCAUGGACUCAGCCCAGCACUGAUAUUGACAAUAGAGAGGAAGCUGACUAGAAGGGGGCACCCACCGCUAAGCGAGCCACACACAGAGACACCGCCCCCCUUCUCCCUCAUCCUCCGAGGCCGCACUGUCUCCCGGGGACAGACCAAGACUCAGGCCGCUGAGGGAAUGUCACUCCUAUUGUCAGGGAUUGCCGAGGAGGAUUAGCCCGGGCUUCGCAGGAAACCAAGCUGCUGUUGCUGGGGGAGACGCGCUGUGCCGACUGAGGCCUACACUGUGAGCUGAGCCUGCCAGAGGCAAGGGAGAGAGCCCCGGCACCACCAUCUCUAAUCCCUAUCCAGAGCUCCAAGUAGGGAUAUGUCCUCAGCACCAACCACUCCUCCAUCAGUGGAUAAAGUAGACGGAUUUUCUCGGAAGUCCGUCAGAAAAGCCAGGCAGAAGAGGUCCCAAAGCUCUUCACAGUUCAGGUCUCAGGGCAAGCCAAUCGAGUUAACGCCUCUGCCUCUGCUUAAAGACGUCCCAACCCCAGAGCAGCCUGAACUGUUCCUAAAGAAACUUCAGCAGUGCUGUGUCAUUUUUGAUUUUAUGGAUACAUUGUCCGAUCUUAAAAUGAAAGAAUACAAGCGCUCAACUCUGAAUGAAUUGGUGGACUACAUCACAAUAAGCAGAGGCUGCCUCACAGAACAGACGUACCCUGAAGUAGUAAGAAUGGUAUCCUGCAAUAUAUUUAGGACUCUCCCUCCGAGUGACAGCAAUGAGUUUGAUCCCGAAGAAGAUGAACCAACUCUCGAAGCAUCAUGGCCUCAUUUACAGCUUGUAUAUGAAUUUUUCAUAAGGUUUUUGGAAAGCCAAGAAUUUCAGCCCAGUGUUGCCAAAAAGUACAUAGAUCAAAAAUUUGUAUUACAGCUGUUAGAGCUUUUCGACAGUGAAGACCCUCGUGAAAGGGACUAUUUAAAAACAGUCUUACACAGAAUUUAUGGCAAAUUCCUGGGACUUAGAGCAUUUAUUCGAAAACAGAUUAACAAUAUUUUUCUACGAUUUGUUUAUGAAACUGAACACUUUAAUGGUGUAGCAGAACUGCUGGAAAUAUUAGGAAGUAUUAUAAAUGGCUUUGCAUUACCUUUGAAAGCGGAGCAUAAACAGUUCCUUGUGAAAGUGCUGAUUCCCCUGCAUACUGUCAGGAGCUUAUCCCUUUUCCACGCACAGCUGGCAUACUGUAUAGUACAGUUUCUUGAAAAAGACCCCACCCUCACAGAACCAGUUAUUAGAGGACUGAUGAAAUUUUGGCCAAAAACAUGUAGUCAAAAAGAGGUUAUGUUUCUUGGGGAGCUUGAAGAGAUCUUGGAUGUCAUUGAACCAUCACAGUUUGUUAAAAUCCAGGAGCCUUUGUUUAAACAGAUUUCCAAGUGUGUCUCCAGCCCUCAUUUCCAGGUGGCAGAGCGGGCUCUAUACUAUUGGAACAAUGAAUACAUAAUGAGUUUAAUAGAGGAGAAUUCUAAUGUGAUCCUUCCCAUCAUGUUUGCAAGUCUCUACAGGAUUUCUAAAGAACACUGGAAUCCGGCGAUCGUGGCUCUCGUCUACAAUGUGUUAAAAGCGUUUAUGGAGAUGAACAGCACCUUGUUUGAUGAACUGACCGCCACAUACAAGUCAGAUCGCCAGCGUGAGAAGAAAAAAGAAAAGGAACGUGAAGAACUCUGGAAAAAGCUAGAGGACCUUGAACUGAAGAGAGGUCUUAGGAGCGAUGGUAUUAUCCCAACUUAACAAAGGAAGAUCCUGCAACUUUAUCCUGUGGAGUCACAUGUAUGUAGUAGAAGAUGGAGCAGCAGUUUUCUGUAUCGUGCAACUUUACAGUAGAUAACAUUCGUUUCAUUAUUACAACAGCACUGUAUAUAACUGUCUAAGUAAAGAAAGAAAAAAAAUAUAUGGACUUUAAUCCAAAGUUUGGACACUAGAUGAACUUCUCAGAACUUUGCAAACAUAAUCAUUGUUUCUUUUACAUCCUCUCGGAUCUCUUGAUGAAAUUUUACAGUGUCAAAAUUCCCAUUGUCAGGCACUUGAUAUUUAUCUGUGGCAGACAGAGCGUUGCAGUGUUUCAGAUUCAGGCACCCUGAUUAAAUUUAGCUUCUCUUUCUGCUAAACUGUUUAAAUCUAUUUAUAUAGUUAAAGACAAAAAAGAAAAAAAAAAUGAUAUAUAUAUAAAUAUAUACAUAUGAAUUCUAAGUUUGCGGAACAUCCUCCUUCUCUGGAUAACUUUUUCCCUUCCCUCUUUGUAAUUCAUUUUUCCCCCUCCUUUGCACAUUUUCAAGAGCUGAAUGUCCUUAACAGAACUGUUCCCUGUAACGGUUUUGUGUACUGGCGUGUGUGUGUGUGUUAUAUAUACAUAUAUAUUUUUUUGCAAAGAUACCAGUUUAGCUCUGGUGCUUAAUUUCUAUUUGGAAACUGGGUAUGGGCUCGUGUUUUUCACACACUUCUUGUCGCUGUGCCUGGAGCUGUUUGAAUGUUGCCCGUGUUUAGUACUCAGGUGAAAUGCACGGGGAAAAAAGUUAUUUUUGACAAACAGGCCUUUACUGGCCUUCUGGCAAAUACCGGGAGGACUGCUGUGCCUGCAAGUAUUUAUAGGAACUCCUGUGGACUGUAUACAGUCAGUGAUUUCAGAAAAGUUACCUGCAAAUAAAUAUCUUUCACUUGAUAUCUGGUCAUACUGCUCCAGAUUUAUAUGAUCUUCCUUGGACUAAGAUAUGUUUAUCUACCACUGAUAUAAGGUAAGAGGUUGUAAAUGUGACAGAUCUUUCUUCAUAUGAAGUCCACUGAAGGUGAAAAUAGGUCCUCUUUCCUAUGGACAGCCAAGGAAGAGCUAGAUGCACCUAAAUAUACAGGAUUGGAAGUAUGCAUGGCGCAUGAUCUCAUUUCAACGACAUCCACGCCUGCCACAAAAGAUCAGUCAUUUCUAGGACUAUUGCUUUUACAUAACUGCGUCAGAGGGCUCUAUACACAAGAGCACUUAGGUGGCUUGGUGACACAGUAACAAGAAGCUGUCAAGCACGAGACCCAAGAGACUACAGUAGGACAGGGUGUUCGUUGAGCAAUGUUUGUUGAAAGUUAAGCUUGUAUUCUCUGUAUAUCCAAAAUACGCUGUCAACCAUGUAAAAUUAAACCAGUAUUAAUUCUACCUGCUACACCAUUGCAGAAAACCACAGGGCUGUUUUAGAUACCUAUAUUUUUAGCCAUUAAUAUCCUACAAAUUUUAUUGGACCAUUUUUUUUUUUUAAAUAAAAGAAAAGAAAAACACUAAAGCGUACGCAACAGGACAAGAUUGUCGAAGUGGUUCUGAUUUGUGUCCAGAAGCAAAACGUUAAGAAAGCCUUUUCAAGAAGUUUGGAAGUCAUUGCCUUAUUUUAUAGUGAGUCUGUAUUUAUAUAAAGUGUUCCAGCAAAAGAGGAUGUGACCUCAGAAGGGGAGGUUUGGGAUCAUUUUGCUGUGUUUUUGUGGACUCUCGAUCUCACAGUGCCAGCCCCACUGGGAAAAGGUUUUUUUUCAGCAACAUGUGUUUGCAUUUUCAACCGGAUGCUUGUUCUCAACUACUGUAUUUACCAUCGAAAAGUGGUUCUACAAAUGCUACUGAGAAAAAAAAAAAUCUGGAAAUUCCUAUUGUCCUGAGUAUUAAUAAAGUUUAAAAUGCUUUUAUAUCAAA